AUGCUGUUAGAUACAUUUUCUACAUUUGCAAAUGUAUAUCCAAAGCAAACACCACUUCUUAAGCAAGUCUAUUUUGAUCUAGUUCUGGAAAAGACAUGGAAGCAGGUCAAGAUAGAGAAAGUAGACAGUCUAAGUCUAUGUGCUAUAGUAGCGCAUGAGCCAGGAACACCGUUGGAUCAAAGACACAUUAUAUUGCCAAUUCACCAGGAGACCCAAUUAUCUGUGGCACGUAUUUCAAUCAGACUAGCCACGAUUUUCGUUUCCAUUACAGAAGCAGGAUUAUCAAAUACACUUCAAGGCACCCCUCCAACGCAAAUAACGUUGGCCAUAGUUUCUCCAGAUUCCACCACCGUUUAUUAUCAUGUAGAAAAGGGGCUCGUGGGACCCAAAGACAAGAUAUGA